GCACACUCCACACUACACACUGCACACUCCACACUACACACUGCACACUCCACCAAUGCGGCACAAUGGACAUCACCGACCAACACCAUGGCUUCCAGGACGACCCGCCCGCACCGCCGCCGCGCCCGCUCCCCUCCGACCUGCCCACCUCGCUGAACGACCGGCGGCCUGUGAGCGCAUACAUGCCUGAGGAGACGGAGAUGUACGACGCAUGGCAGGGUGAGUCGCCCGCACGAGUCGCUCGCAACCUGCAAUGCUGAUCUGCAGAACAGGCCAGUCGUUCCUGACCACGCCCAUGCCCGCGCGACCCCUCAGCUUCAACCUCUCCCUCGACGACCCCAGCUUCGGCGACGAGGACAUGCAGCAGCUCGAGGACAGCGACAGCCGGCUCGUGCAGAUGCUCGCGCACCAGGCACGCCUGAAGAACGACAAUGCUGGCGACGAGGCCAAGGUCGUCGCCGACGACAAGCUGUCGCACCAAGAGAAGAGGGAGGCUCUGCAGGGGCUGUUCACCCUCGCCACCUCCAACGGCGAACUCGAGCGCGUCAAGCGGUUGCUGCAAGGGAAGGCGCGCGAGUACAUCAACAUCGACGGCGUCGACGCCGAGGGGACGCCUCCACUGGUCUACGCGAGUUGCUUUGGACACGAGUACGUUGCUGGAGUCCUGAUUGAAGAGGGCGCAAAAGUCGACAUACAGGACAAGAAUCGCUGGACGCCGCUCAUGUGGGCCAUGACCAACAGACACAAGGGGAUAGUGAAGCUUCUGCUGGAGCACGGUGCCUCGACCGACGUCAAAUCAUCCGGCGGUAGGACCGCCUUCGAUUUCGUCGAGCCAAACAGCGACAUUUCAGACUACCUGCACGAGAGCGGCUACGCCAUUGGCAACGCAGGCGUCGACGACUUCUACAACUCAGGACUCGACAACGACCGCUUCGAGCAAGAGAUGCAGGAGAACGACAUGAAGCGUCGAAUGAUGAUGGAAAGUGCCUUCAACCUGGAAGUCGACAUUGGAAAUUUGGGGCUAGACGAGCAGCCCGAGCUGCAGUCUCCUGAAGAGCCCGAGGAAGGCCAGGAAUUCAUCUGGGACCGAUGUCUCAACGACCAGAUGUUCGUCUUCCAAGAAAGCGAGCUCGAGCGCAUCCUCGACAUCAUCAUCACGAACAUGACACCGCAGCGAUCGCCCUCGCAGAAACCGGUCCCCGCCAACAUACUCUUCCUGGCAGCUCGAUACGCGCACUACCACGCCAGCGCAGACUUGUUAGAGACGCUCCUCGUUUCGGCCAUGGGCAAGAUCAACGACGUGGUGGAGAAGCACCAGUGGGAUAUGACAGUACUAGCCUUCUGGAUGUCCAACGCCACGUUGCUGUUACACUACAUGAAGAAGGAUACAGGCCUUUCGACGGCCGCCACCGAGUUCCAGCUGCAGAUGGCAGAGCUCAUCAACGAGAUUUUCAUCUUGAUCAUCCGGGAUGCGGAACGAAGAAUGGACAAGAACCUUGACGCCUCCAUGCUCGAGCAUGAGCCCAUGCCUGGGUUUGAAGACGUCCAAUUCCAGCACGAGUGGAACAUGUUCCGCUCAAAGCCAAAAGCAAAGCCUCUGGAACCCCUCGAGAAGCGCUUCCGACCACCGUCGCCCAAGGCCAGAGCCAAGCCGUCACCUCGGAACAUCACGUCUCUGCUUUCGUCGACCCUCUUCGUCCUGGAUCUCUACGAUGUGCAUUCAGUCAUCACUGCUCAAGUGCUGUCGCAGCUGAUAUACUGGCUCUCCGCAGAGAUGUUCAACCGCAUCAUGUCGAAUCGCAAGUACCUGGCUCGAACAAAAGCUAUGCAGAUCCGCAUGAACGUCUCGACGCUAGAAGACUGGGCACGGUCCAACAACCGUCAGCCUGAGCACUACGAGAACGGAUCGAUGACAUCCACUGGCGACAACACCGUCGAAUCCACAAGGAAACACAUUGAACCUCUCAUUCAAUUACUGCAGUGGCUGCAGUGCUUCACCUCGAUCGGCGAAGAGCUCGAGUCGCUCAUCGGCACGAUACAGCAGCUGACAAAGCUCUCGCCGCAACAACUUCUGCACACUGCCAAGUACUACCGUCCCGAAGUAGGAGAAAAGGGUCUCCCCAAGAGCGCAUCCAAAUACAUUGUGCACCUCCAGCAAGCAGCAGCCGAGCGCAAAACACGCGCUCGAUCGCCGAACCCGCCGCAGCGAGCCGCCGACGCAGAGCCAACAACACCAGUCAAGCCAUCCUCCGGAGCGCAACUCGCGCCCGCGCCAUCGCCAAACCCCUCGCGCGUGUCUGCCGAGCUGGAAAGGGAAGAAGAUGAUGCCCCGAGCGAACUCCUCCUCGACCCGUCGUACAUGCUGCCCUUCUCCCUGCCCACGUCGACAGACAUGCUCAUCAGCUACGGCGCAGGCUUCGGCGGCGUCGACAGAGAGCGCGAGAGGAAGUACAUUCCCACCGUGCCGCCCGAGUUCAUGGCCAAGCUGGAGUUCAGUGGCGGCAGCAAGCUCAACGGCGGGUACUACGAGGAGCGCUGGAACGAGCCUAGCUAUGGGUGAAGAUUCCAGUGUUCAUGCUGGGACUCGUGCUAAUGCGGUUGGUGACUAGCUUCUUCCACUCGCGCUGGGUCGGGAAAUCUACCUCGAGGCCAUGGUGACGCAGGGGAUCAACGCCGCAGGUGGGGGACGGGAGAAGGAAGCCCUGCCAGCGAAAAGAGAAAGCGACUUUGCAUUUGGAUAUGCGUAUGGAUAUAGGUGUGGAUUGGAUAUGGAAUUGGAUAGCAGCAUCAGCGCUUCUCGGAUAGCAGCAUCAGCGCUUCUUGGAUAGCAGCAUCA